GAGUUUUGAACGUUCACUCUGUCAGAGGUUUUCUUUUUUCCCCCAACAAAAUAAACAAAAAAAAAAAAAAGAAAACCAUUUACCACACUAAUAAACUCACACAGAAAGUUUGGGAAAUUGCCACGGACAACCAACCACCAAGCUAUUGAAAAGUUAACAGGCAAAAUCAUAUAAAAAGUGAAAGUGAAACUGAAGUGAAAUUUUCAUACCAUUGGAAAUUCGACAGCUCGUACUCAAAUCUUUCGAAAUCGAAACAUGUAAACAAAAGCCCGACAAAAUAAUAAAUACAACUCAACACAACACAAACGAAACGAAUCAUAAAAUUUUAUUUGCUGCGAAUAUUUGCUUUGUUUACACCCACCCAGAAGGAAGUUUUUAAUUUAUAAUUCCAGUUGACUUGGCAAACGAGCAAAAAACGCCUAAAUAAAAUUGAAUGGGAAAAUAAUUGCAAAGAAAUUAAACACUCACAACACACAGAGAGAUCCAUAGAAAAAAAAACUCCCAAACACUCACAAAAAGGAAGUUGGUGCGAAGCGAGAGGAAAACGACGUCAAUUUAUAAACUGAAUCGUUGGCAGGAAACGAAUAUUGCGACAACGUCAACGACGAAGCGAAACAAACUUGUCGAAAAUUUGCCACUGAGUGGGGUGGCUGAACACAAGCUAGAGAGCGCGCGUGUGUGUGUGUGUGGCUGCAUGAAUGCAGGGAAAUAAGUCCAUUAACAAAAUCUCUUUUAUGUCCUUUGGUUUCGCAAGUGUUAAUGACGUGUGAAUCCCAGAAAUAGGUGUAAUCCUAAACCCGAAGUGACAAAAAACAAUCCAACUGUUGACAAUUUUCUGUUUAGUUCUUUGUUUGUUAUAUUGAGUGGGAAAAUUGAAAAACUGAGCUGAAAGAACAACGCAUGUUUUUGUGUACCUACGACGUUUUUUUCGCCUGAUUUUCCAUUGAUUUCAUCUGUACUUUAUUUAAUUUUCUUCAGAAAAUUGCUGUUCUUUCAAAGAAAAGAAGAAAAAAGAAAAACUGUGUAAAGAGGAUAACAUAAAUAAUAGCCGAAAAAUUGUAUCCAGCCAAAGUGUCAACCAGCAGUUUGAAAGAGGGUGCCCAAAGCAGUGAAAGUGAUUUCUAAAGACUUUAUUUCUUGUUUUUGUUGAAUUGUGUUUGUUUGUUUGUUUUCCCUUUUUUGUCCUUGGUUGAUUUUGCAAAGUUUGUGAGGAAAAAAGAUUCGCCCGGCCGCCAUGUCCUUUCUAAUGAAACGUUUGACAUGGCCGCUUUUCAUAGCCAUUAUGUUGGGUUCGCUCAAUGUCAAUGCCAUCGAUUUAAGCCGUCUCUACGGUCACAAUAUGGUGCAGAAACGUAGCGAUACUUGUCAUCCUUAUGAACCCUUUAAAUGUCCCGGUGACGGAAAUUGCAUUUCAAUUCAAUAUCUGUGUGAUGGUGCACCUGAUUGCUCGGAUGGCUACGAUGAGGAUGCAAGAUUGUGUACAGCAGCUAAACGACCACCGGUAGAAGAGACCGCCUCAUUCCUGCAAAGUCUUUUGGCAUCGCAUGGACCGAACUAUUUGGAAAAGCUAUUCGGCAGUAAGGCACGUGAUGCACUCUCUCCUCUGGGUGGUGUGGAAAAAGUGGCAAUUGCUUUAAGUGAAUCGCAGACCAUUGAAGAUUUUGGAGCAGCUCUUCAUUUAAUGAGAUCCGACUUGGAACAUUUACGAUCUGUGUUUAUGGCUGUGGAAAAUGGUGACUUGGGUAUGUUGAAAUCGUUGGGCAUCAAGGACUCUGAAUUGGGCGAUGUGAAGUUCUUUUUGGAAAAACUGGUCAACACUGGUUUCUUAGAUUGAGUAGCACCAGAUCCGGCUUCUGGAUUUUAUUAUGCACAUGCCCAACCCAUCAAUCCCAGUUUCUAUUCAUAUUUGGGAACGCCUUACGAUAGCUACUAUUAAAAACAUGGUGGACUAGCGUAGGUGUAACUAAAUGCGAAAAGAAAAUACCGUAACAUGACUCCGUUCAAACACAUACAUACAUAAACAAAUUCCUAGAAAAAAGCAUACCAAAAAAAAUCAACAAAAAAAAUAAUAAAUCGGUUACUUUAA